AUGUCCACCGCAACCACAGACCUACCAGACCUCAUCCUCCUAACGCAACCCGCACAGCCGCCUCCCGUCAGAAUGGCAGACCCAAAGGACGGCGACACGUGUCCCGUCGACCACAAGGCCCGCGAAGCCUGGCUCCAACACGCCCGCGCCGCGGGCCCGAACGACGCCGCCACCUCUCCAGCCCCGCCGCAUCCGAUCCCGAACGAGACCCCGCCGUCGCAGUCGUGGACGCAGUCCCUCCUCUCGUACACGCCCUUCUCCGGCACAUCAUCACAGACGACGCCAACGGCGGGAGCAGACGCGUGCCCCGUGGACCAUAAAUCUCGCGAAGCCUGGCUCCAACAAGCCCGCGCCGCCAACGCCGCCGCCGCUCCUCACCCAGACUCCCCGCCGCACGCCCUCCCUCCCCAAGCGCAACAAUCACCGCCCUCUACCACAUCCUGGACGCAAACGCUCCGCUCUUACGUCCCCUUCACCUCUUCGCCACCUCCCCCUCCCGCGCAACCAUCACCGACGGGAAGAAAUCCCCUCGACACCUACCGCGAAGUCUCCACGAUCCCGCGCACCUCGACCUCGAGCUACCCCUACGACACCCCCUCCGCCUCCGCGCCGCCGCCGACGACGUUACAAAGCAGCCACGGCGCACCAUCAAACAACGAGCAGGAAACGGGCGCGGACGCCGCGACGGGGAACUGGGUGUACCCCUCGGAAAAGAUGUUCUUCGAGGCCAUGAAGCGCAAGGGGCACGACACGCGCGCGGCGGACAUGCGUACCGUUGUGCCGAUCCACAACGCGGUGAAUGAGAGGGCGUGGAAGGAGAUUAAAGAGUGGGAGGCGCCGUAUACGCAGGGGACCGCCUGCGACGGCCCGCGCCUGCACUCCUUCGCCGGCCUCAGCACAAACAUGUCCCCCAAGGCACGGCUCAACACGCUGCUGGGCUACCAGGCGCCGUUUGACCGGCACGACUGGGUGAUUGACCGCUGCGGCGUGCAGGUGGAUUAUGUGAUUGACUUUUACGCGGGGCGGCCUGACGCGCAGGGGAAGCCGAGCUUCUACCUGGACGUAAGGCCGAAGCUGAAUAGCUGGGAGGGGGUGAAGAUGAGGGCGUUGAGAGGGGCCGGGCUGGCGUGA